ACAUGACAGCCAAUGCCCAAAUCAGGGGCGUUAAGUCAAUUACUGUGAGAAACAUCCAUAAUGUGGCGACGCCGUGAUUCUAAACUGACUAAAACUGUAUGAUCAAUUCUAAUCUUAAAUCGAUUUCCCAUUUCUGUACUAUAAUCUCGCAUCUAAUUACAGAAACCUGAAGAAACAUCAUGAACUACAUGCUGGUGCUGACUUUAGUAGCCUUGACCAUAUCUUCUGAAACACAUGCAAAGGCAAUAGGGAAACAUGUUCAUGUUCUUGCAAAGAGUAAUGUGACAGUCAAAUCGUCGGUCCUAUUAGCACCUGGACCAGCAGGGAAACUCCUCACCUUCAUCAUGCAGCGAAAACGCGAUGUCAUAUCAAAACUACAGCAGCGCGAAGAUAUAAUAAUGAAAUACGGAAAGAUCAACGAGACUGAGCGUGCAUACCAGGUUAAGAUGUUUGAUCUGUUCAAGAAAGAGAUGAACGACAGUGAGGCUCUAAUCCUAGCUGUGAUGCAGAGUCUUCGCGUGAUCAUAAAGGGAGACUACCGGCAGACUAUUCUUAACAUGAGGGAAAAUUCCGAGCAACGCUUGUCUGCACUGAAGGAUGCAAUGUUGAAGGAGGAAGCUGAGUUGAAUGACAUCAUCCAGACAGAGUUACAGCACAUGAAGCAAGCUGUGAACCACAACAAGGUGUUCGGAGUUCUGGACGAGAUACUGGCGGAUGUGGCGAAGGCUGCUGACAAACUGGAGAAAGAGCUCGGUAGCCAUGUCUUCGAAGACAAUGCCAAGAAACCCGACCAGGUGGGAGACGUGGAAGCCGUCUUUAAAAUCGACGACCAGGGAGAUGUGAAGAAGCGGGCGCUAGGCAACGACAGCGACACGGAGGAUGAGAGCGUCGUGAAACUCAUCGAUGCGCACAACAACCUGUUCGUUCUACAGAGGGGCAAAGAUUCGACGAUUCCUCAGGAAGAUCUUACUCUCAUCAUGGACAUUGUUGCAGUGUUUCUGGUGGCGUUCUCCUGCUGCUGGUGCUGCACGGCGGUCGGUCUGCCGGCCAUGUUCGGCUACAUCAUGAGCGGUGUUCUUCUCGGUCCUUCCGGAACCAACGUGCUGAAGUCAUUGGUACAGCUGGAAACUCUGGGAGAGUUUGGUGUCUUAUUCAUCUUGUUUUCUGUUGGUCUCGAUUUUUCGCCAGACAAGUUGAAGAAGGUAUGGAAAGUGUCACUGAUAGGUACCAGCAUCAUGAUGAUCCUUGCAGUCAUUGUCGGUAUCGGCAUCGGAACUGUUGCUGGCAUCAGUCCAACAUACUCAGCCUUCGUGGCCGCUUGUCUCGCAUUGUCCAGCACGCCCCUGGUGGUGACAUUUCUCAACACAAAAGAUGGCUUGCCAAAGCAUCAUAGAGAGAGCCAGGGUAUGCAUGUGUUCCCGUCGUUUGGCUACGAGUUAACCGUGAUCAUCUGGUUGACACUUGCAGUCGUCCUCAUCAAGUAUGCAAACAUGGCCGUGCUGUCAUGUCUGCUGCCGGCAAAGACGUCGCACGUGCGGUGGAUCGUGUGCGGCCUCUCACAAGUCAGCGAGUUCUCGUUCGUGCUGGCAAGCCGUGCCCGCCGACUCCAUCUCAUCAACAGAGAGGUUUAUCUACUGAUUCUCAGCAUUACGUUCCUGAGUCUGUUGCUGGCACCCGUACUGUGCGACUCUCCCUCUGGCACCUGCGGGAACUCUGACGGAAAGACUGCGAGCCAAGACACCAUUUAG